UAGUCAGAGAUAAUAUAAUUGCGUUUGAAAUUAAAUUUCGUAUGAAUAUUCAUCGGUUAUUGUUGGAUCGUGUACGUAAUUGCAUUAAAAUCACACACGAUCAUCCACCGCAUCCCAAUUAAGGUUAUGUCAUUUCGAGGACGAUGAAUUACUUGUAAUUAACCGUAUUAUUUCGGGCAUCGUAUGACGGUAUGAAUUUUAUCUCCUCGCGGUGAUGCAGGUAUACCAUGUGCAUGAGCCGAUGGAUUUUCUUUCGCAACUCGCGGCAGUAACUCGAUCUCUGAAUUUACGUAAUGUGCACACACAGUGUAAGAUACAUCGGUAGAUCGAUGUAAUAAUACCGUGUGAUAAUAAUAUCAGCUUGUGAGAAAACAGUGCUCGAUCUUAUUUACGAUAUAAUUCGAUCAUUGGAAUACGUAAAAGGGAAAACUAAUACUAAGUCAAUUAAAUUUUAUGAAUAAUGAAUAAGAAAGUCGAAAUUUUCGCCAUCCAAAGGAUUACAUCAUUUCACAGUGAAACCGCGAGAUGUUUUUCGCAAUUUGAAAAAUCUUACACGGGCGACGAUCGCGCAAUAUUAUAACGCGUCCCAUACGAUCCUGAUCGAUCAGCUGCGAGGGAACAUUUCUGCAAUACAUAUACAUAUAUAACUUAUAAUCUCUAAUUAUGUCGUAUCGUAUUUUGUAACGCGCUUUAUUAUACAUAUACUUUAUGCCUAUACGACGAUUACUGCCACAGCAGCCAGAGUGAUAUUUUGUGAAAGGAAACAGUAGUGCAGAUUGCACAGAGAAACAAAAGUUUGCGUCGUUACACCGGUUGACUAACGGCAAACGCCUUUUCUCUCUCUCUCUCUCUCUCUCUCUGUCUCGCUCUAUCUUCGUCUCUCUUCCCUUGGCAUUAUCAUCAAGUAAUCAGAGAAUUCACAUUUCGCAUGAUCAACACGCGUUGCAUGUACUGCGUUAUUAUCGUCUACACGCGAAAUAUAUUCUGGGUCAGUAAGACGAUCGGUGUACAUUAGAAAAUACACGAGGAUAGUUUUCGGUACAGUAAACGUCUGCGGUACCUUCCGCGUCCAGGAUGCGAGUGCUAGGACGAGUGGUGGCGGUACUGGCGUGGAUGGUGUUCAGGACGCACCUUGUAUCGGCGCAGUCGCCGCACCUUGGUGGAGCCGUGAACGUCUUCAGCAGGUACGGUUACCUGAGCAUAAGCAUGAGGGUGGUGCCGAGGAACGACACGGAGAGUUGGAUAUUCCGCGAGCCGACGUUGGACGUCUUCCUGAACCCGGUUGCGGCGCCGCCGCGUCCGCAGGACAAAAACGCGGUGCUUAAGGGCGACUUUCACAUGGAGUUUUGCGACAACAUAAGACAGCUACUCCAGGCCUACUUCAGGGACUUUACGUUCGAGAGACUGGACAGACCCUGGCGAGCCUUCACCGCGAGUUGGUCGAGGACGGCGAUAGCCAGGCACCUUGGUAUAAACGCGUCGUUCGCGACCGGGGACCAUUGUUACGUCCUCGUUCGCGUUGCCAGAUUCAGGGAAAGCCAGCGGCUCAACGCACCCGUGGAUUCUCUCAAUCUCGACGAGGCGAUAGCGCGGGAAGUCGAAAACGUCACGAUCGGGGAUUACGGAAGCGUAAUUAGAUUCGUGAGAAACUUCGGAUCGCACUACGUGUCGUCCUACGUGACGGGAAAUUCACUCUAUCAGGUGUUCGUGUACACGCCGCAGGUGUAUUCGCGUAUAAAAGGAAGACUGAAGUCCCGUGGCGUUGGUGAACUCUCCACGUCCGAGCUGAACAAUUUCUUUUCGCCAUGGUACGCGGAGCACAUGGGGGCCAUACAAUCGGCCAGUGGAAACAGAUCUGUCGAGGCGUGGGCGGUCGACCGACUGCGAGUCCAAUACUACAUAUUCACCUACGCGAGUUUGUUGAAACUUCACGGCGACGUGCCGCUGCUACGUCAGCUGGAUUCCCUCCUCGGCAACGAGGCCCUGCUUCAGCUUCAGCUCCGGACCCUGGAGCCACUCUUCAAGAAUCAUCCGGCGCGACUCGCGUGGUUUCGCGAAAUAAUUGACAAUUUUUUCAAACUCUGCGAAGUGAACGUGUGAACAGAGAGAUUCUCUAGAUCAAUCGAAUUACGACAUGAUAACAUGAUAUGUAGGGAAGACAGUGAUGCAAACUUUGUAUGUACGAUACGGAUAGAGAGAUGAUCCGUAAAGAACGUUGGCGAUGUACGUACGUACGCACACGUAUGUAUGUACGGACAGAAAUCGACGUCAGGAGCGUCAAGUGCCUUUUGCGAUGUUUCAUUAUACACGUAUUAUAUUAUACAAUGUACUGUACAGUUUCUAUGAGAAAUGGUCAUUUUCGUUUCUUUUUUGGAAAAUCGGUCGUUUCAACGACGCGAUUGAGAUAUGUAACCAUCUUCGGUGCAUCGUGAUAUGACAUGUUCAACUUUCCGCAUACAAUAACUUUUAUAAGUAUACAUACUUAUUAGGGUGCUUCACCCGAGAAAAUUAAUUUUUUGUUUUAUCAGAAAACUGUUGUUUAUGAUGAAAAAAAAACUCCUCGCAAAUUUGAGCUCGAUCGGAUAAGAUUUAGAGGUCCCGCUUUCGAGCUUUCGUUUUUAUAUAUUAAAAUGACACGUAAAAAACUGCUUAGCUGAAAAUAUUCGACGAAAACG